GCCCAUGCUGAAAAAGAAGAAGCCUACUGGGACUGUGUACUCUUGAGUGAUGAUACCAAGAUAAAUGUUUUUGGAACUGAUGGCUUCAAAACUGUGUGGCAUCGCAAAGGUGAGGAAUACAAAGAAAAAUGCAUGGUGCCUACAGUGAAACAUUAUGCUGGCAGUGUCCUUCUGUGGGUCCUGCAUGAGUACUGCUGGUGUCGGGAGCUGCAUUUCAUUGAUGGUAUCAUGAAUUCACAGAUGUACUGCUCUAUUUUGAAAGAGAAGUUUUCCAACAUGACAAUGAUUCAAAACACACGUCUAAGGCCACUGUUGCAUUUCUAA